GUGGUGGGCAGCGGCGGGCUGGGCCCGGCCGAGCUGGGCGCGCUGGAGCGCGAGCAGCGGCGCCACGGCGACCUGCUGCUGCUGCCCGAGCUGCGCGACGCCUACGAGACGCUGGCGGCCAAGGUGCUGGGCGCGCUGGCCUGGCUGGACGCGCACGUGGCCUUCCGCUUCGUGCUCAAGGCCGACGACGACUCGUUCGUGCGCCUCGACGCGCUGCUGGCCGAGCUGCGCCGCCGCGAGCCGCGCCGCCUCUACUGGGGCUUCUUCUCGGGCCGCGGGCGCGUCAAGGCCGGCGGGCGCUGGCGGGAGCGCGCCUGGCUGCUCUGCGACUACUACCUGCCCUACGCGCUGGGCGGCGGCUACGUGCUCUCGGCCGACCUGGUGCGCUACCUGCGCCUCAGCCGCGACUUCCUGCGCACCUGGCACAGCGAGGACGUCUCGCUGGGCGCCUGGCUGGCGCCCGUGGACGUGACGCGCGUGCACGACCCGCGCUUCGACACCGAGUACCGCUCGCGCGGCUGCAGCAACGAGUACCUGGUGACGCACAAGCAGAGCGUGCAGGACAUGCUGGACAAGCACCAGACGCUGGCCCGCGAGGGGAAGCUCUGCAAGGAGGAGGUCCGGCUGCGGCUCUCCUACAUCUACGACUGGAGCGUGCCCCCCUCGCAGUGCUGCCAGCGCAGGGACGGCAUCCCCUGAGGGCGCCGGCGGCGGAGGAGGAGGCGGCGGAGGCCCCGGCACGGCCCAGGCACCCGCAGGAGAGGGGCCCACGGCCCGGCGGGGAAGCGUCCCCCGCCGCCAAAGUGCCCACGCUUCCACGCGAUUUCCGCAGCGCGGCAGGCCGUACUACGCCCCCCGGCGCGUCAGAGUCGCGGACUUCUGUCUCAACGGCUGCAGAAGAGCGAGCAAAGCCCCCGGAACCAAAAUAAGGCUGCAUCUCAAGGGCAGGAACUGGGAAAGGGAACAGUCCCGCCACAUAAGACGACGGCCGGUUUAAGAGACCCAAAUCUUCGAAGUGCUUGAGUACCUGGAGCAAAGUGAUGGCAUAAUGCUUGGUGCUGAUCUCAUAGACUGUUGUGGGGGGAGUGUCUGAUUCCGCCCCUUUUUUCCCCGAAAGGAUAAAGGGACUGUUUGCCAAUGUUAUUGGGAAAUUAAAAAGUAAAUGAACGGAACAGAACAGCAGUGGAACAGAUAUUCACGUAUCCCACGAUGCUAGGACUAAGCUGAGGGAGCCAUUUCUGUCCAGAAUGUAUUGGAGAGAGGAGCUAUUCUGACCUUUAAACAUUUAUUAAGCUGGGGUACCUCUUGUCACAGGGGUGAAAUCUUUACUGCCUUGCUCAUUACAUUGCACAUUCCCUGAAUCAUCUGCCAGUUACAGAGAAGGGAGAAGUUUGAGUCUGUAGAAAGUACAUUUCAGUCGGAUUACUUACCUGGAAAGGAUGGCUUUAGUAACCUCAGACACUCGAAAAGACCUGCUGGGCAUCAGCAAGUUGGGGGGUUCCUGAAUUGCUUCCCAAGGCUGUAUUUGAAAACAUGGAUUAUUGGACAGCUUUGAUGACCUUAGCCUGGACAGCCAUUGAUCCAAAUGUACUGUGAUUUGUUUCUGAAAUUAUUAAUUAUUAUUCCCUUCAA